AUGCAAUUAUCAAAAUUAAUUUUUCCCGCAGCGUUAAUAAUUUUUAAUCAUGUUAUUCUCACAAAUUGUGGUUUAUUCGGGGGAAGUGAUCUUUAUUCGUUUUUUAGUGGAGAUAAAUUAUAUUUUUUUAGAUCUAUAAAAUAUAAUUUUUUUUAUGUGGAUUUAGCUGGUGUAUCAUUAGACACUGAUACUGUUAUUGAUAAAUCUAAAUGGAUUGAUCUCACUGAGGUUAAACCUCAACCUGACACUUCAGCUAGAGAACCACUUUUGGAUAAAGCUAAUGAGAACUUAAUUUUGCUUGAUUAUACCGAUGAUGGCGUAGAUGCUUACACAUUUCACAUUACAUUAAACAUAUGGGAAACAAGACCAUUUAAAGUUAAAAAUAAAGUAUCUAUUGGCAUAGGAGUUUGGGUUUCAGAUGAAAAAACUGGCAUAUCAUACUUAUUCGAUGAAAUUGAUAAGGACAUGACAAUAUUGGAUUCAAUUAAUUUGACAUUGACGAAAAGUAUUUCAACCGCGGAUAAUCUUUUCGUAGAAGGGUUUGUUAUGGAUAAUUUUGUACAAGUUUUGUCGAAUGGCCAAAUUCUGUUUAUUGGUGGAGGAUCUGGAAGUAUUAAAGAUUCAAUGAACAAUAUAUUAAUGUAUGAUACCUUAACUGAUACAUGGCAAAUGAUGAAUGCAACAGGUGAAACACCUGAAGGACGUUUAGGGCAUACAGCUGUCUCAAUUUCAGAUGGACGUAUUAUCGUAUUUGGCGGAAUAUCAAAUUCAUUACCAGCUUCGCCACAAUUAUCAAUUUUGGAUACCUCAAAAACACCAUACGAGUGGUCAACACCAACGGUAGAAAAUCCUUUUGGACCUUUCACUUUUAGUGGACACAUAGCAGUCAUGGUUAAAGAUUAUAUGAUUAUUGCAUUUGGUAUAAAUACAACAGAAACAAUACCUUCAUUAAUUGAUAAUAAAAAUAUUUAUAAAUUAGACACGAGAGAUCCAUUAAAAUAUAAAUGGUCUUUUCUUUCCGGUUUUGAUGAUAGAACUGAUUUUUCUAAUAGCUCUCUUAAUAUUUAUAAACCAACGAAUUCUACUCCCAUUCAAGCUAGUGUUGAUUCAGCUUUUAGAUUAGGAACACCAAAGCAACAUAGAAGUAAGAAUACUAUUCAACGAAAUAUAUCUAGUAGUGAAAAUAUAUCUAGUAAUGAUGAGUUGAAAGCAUGA